CGCAAUCUCAUGGCUUCUCUUCGCCUUUGGAAGAAGGUCGCAACUCCGCUGCCCUCUGGCUGGAAGAUGGCUUGUACAACGGUGGCUUCGCCGUUUUCAUCUACCGUCGAGAACUCUGAUCCUAUCAAGGCAGAGAAGGUGGGGAAGAUGAAGGUAUUCCAGAAGCUGAAGUCACUUACGGUUGAGACAAUAGAUCUCAUCUUAAAGUAGGAAGAGAAGAAGGGCGUUUACGUCACUCAAACGGAUCUUGUCAGAUGGGCGAAACGUAAUGAUAAGAGGAACAACAGGCCUGAAAACUCUCUCGAGAUCUUUAGGUGGAUGGAUAAAAAGAAGAUGGUGUUUUCUCCCUCCCAACUUGAGCUUGGAUCUUCUGGGCGAGCUUAAAGGAGCAGAAGCGGCUUCAGCCUACUUUGACAAAGUAGAGCCAAAAUUCGAUGAGAUGGACGCUGAUGCCGAAAAUAGGCCUGCUUAUUUGAAGGUCUUGCAUUGGUUCCGAGUUAAAGAACAGAAUCAGACUUCGGGGGCAAAACCACAUGUUCUUAAGUUCCCUAAAGUUGAUGAUCCUCAAUGGGCUAAGAAUUCUACUCCUACUACUCCUGCUCAAAAGAGAAAUCUUUUUUCCAAGCUCAAAUCCUCUGAAACCUGUUGUGCCCACCUUUUGACAGAGAUGGAGGACCAAGGGUUUUGCAUCACCAAAGCAGAUCUAAACCGCUGGAUAAAACUCCUCCAAAAACAAGGACAAACACAGAAAGCUCUACAGAUCGACACGUUUAAGAACUGGAAAUACGUUUCCUUUUAUCAUCAACUGCGUGGAACGUUUAACCAUAGCUCUGUUUCUUGGGAGCCAAGUAACAAUAUCCCUGACGUAACUCAAGUGGCGACAACAGGCUUUUUGCAUGGCUAUGCAAAUUCUACGUAGGUCAAUAAGUUGUUUUUAAUGCUUUGUU